CUUGGCGUGCGGCCGUGCGGCGUGGAAGCGUCGUAGCCGCAGACGUCCAGUGUUUGAAGGGGCGCCCCAACAUUUUGAUUGCAUCAUCCUUUAUUUUACCUGCCCGGUUCGAGGUGGCCGGUGCAUAGCACUCCUAUUCACGAUUAGCUUCAAUUUACGCAGACCUCAAUGGCCUAGUCACAACCUUGGUUGCCUGGCCAAAAUCAGAAGAAGAAGAAGAAGGCUCGAUCACUCUAGGAUGCACUCAGAGUUUACCUUACUGUACCAAUACCUUGAAUUCCUGAACGCACCCCUGCGUAUCACCGUUCCGAUUUUAAGUAGUCUGGCUCCCCAUGGGGCAUAUUUUUCGGAAAAGGAAAUUUUUAGUAAACUGUCGGUCGCUGGCGAUCACUAGCAAUUAGGUUAAGAGUACUGAAAAAGUAGAGAAUGUCAUCUAAAGUAAAAUGUGGCUACUGUGGCUGGAUACUGAAAAUGGAUAUUUUUCAACAUUCCUGUUUCGGUACUUAUGAUGAAGCACACAAUGUUUUAAGCAUAAAUGAGAUAGGAAAAAUAGAAAUUUACAAGAAAAUUUGAUGGAGACAUCCGCUUGUGGAAGCUCACAAGAUUAAACAGUGGAUGAAAAUGUUUCAGAAGCACAAGUAUUGGAUGAGGAGCUGGUAAGCUUAGUUCAACAACGACCGGCCUUGUAUGAUUAUCGAAUACCAAUUCAAGAAAGAACCAAAUUAAAGAAAAAAGACCUAUGGCAGGAAGUCAGCAAUUGUGUAGGAGGAGCAUAUUCAUCUGCUUACGCAGAAAAAAGAUGGCAAUAUUUAAGAGAUUGCUAUACAAAAGCUAGGAGGAAUUUUAAGAAAAUACAAAGUAUUGAAAAAAGGAGUGGUGCCGCUGGUACGUCCAUAAACGAAAGAAAUAAACCAUCCUUCCGCUUUUACGAUCAAUGAGUUUUCUUAAUGAUACAUUAGAAUAUAAAGAAACAUGCACAUCUAUAAGAAUACCAAAUAGAAAAGAAACAGAUCAAGUAACAAAUAAUUUUCCUAUUUCUUCACCUUCCCCUUCAGAUUUAUUUUGUAAUGAUAAUAAUUUAGAUUUAGAAAAUAGGUCACCUUUAACGCCAUCACCUGUCUCUGAAUUUUCUGCAGCGCCUUCAUCUUCACGAAAAAGACGACAUUUAAAUAAUAUUAACGAUUUAGAUAGAGCUUUCUUAAGUGCCUUAAACACGAAUAUUCAACCCAGCCCUAUUGAUGGGUUUAUGUUACGAUUGGCAGAAGGGAUGCGUCGACUACCCUACAAAGAAAGGUCUAAGUUAGAGUUGGAGUUUUUAAUGAAAUUACAUGAAACGGAGGAAAGGCUGGGACUAUUGAAUAAUUGAAGAUAGCCCAAAGCUAUCAUUAAAAUGAAAAGUCUAGCCAUGUUCAAAAAU